GUCAAAACAAUUUUUGCGCCACUCUUCGCUCAGCUCCAACCUCAACUGUCCAGCGCUCUGGCUCACCUUGCUGCAUCCGAUCGGCGACCGAUUCAUCGAGCUCGUUUACAGUCAAAGAAAAUGCGGCGGAGGCCUGGAAGUUCCUCCGCGAUGGCCGGGCCUUCAGGCACGGAGGAAACGAGGGCGGGCGACGACUUCGAUGGCAUUCCUCGUGCUGCCAGCCCGAGGAGGUCGCCCUUCGUGUUGCUGUCGCUGUUUGGACUGAUAAUGUACUGUUCUUGGGCUGUUUAUCGUUGCCAGUUCGAGAGCUUGCCCGCGCCUCUCACCGCCGAGCAGGCUGGGAAGAGGGGAUUUUCGGAGGUGGAGGCGAUGAAGCACGUGAAGGCAUUGACUGAUAUAGGUCCUCAUCAUGUUGGUUCAGAUGCGCUCGAUGACGCCAUACAGUAUGUUCUGGCAGCAUCAGAGAAGAUUAAGAAAAUAGCUCAUUGGGAGGUAGAUGUUCAAGUGGAUGCCUUUCAUGCCCAAUCUGGCACAAAUCGUCUGUUCAGUGGCUUGUUCAGGGGGAGAACACUUGUUUAUUCAGAUCUACAUCACAUUGUACUUAAAGUGUCCCCAAAAUAUGUAGCAGAAGCUGGAGAUGCUAUUCUGGUUUCUUCUCAUAUAGACACUGUUUUCUCUGCAGAAGGUGCUGGAGAUUGCAGUUCAUGCAUAGCUGUUAUGCUUGAACUUGCACGAGCAGUUUCUCAGUGGGCUCAUGGUUUUAAGAGUGCUGUUAUAUUUUUGUUCAACACAGGGGAGGAGGAAGGUCUUAAUGGUGCUCACAGCUUUAUAACUCAGCAUCCAUGGAGUAAAUCUAUUCGUCUGGCAAUAGAUUUGGAGGCAAUGGGUAUUGGAGGGAAGUCGGGUAUAUUUCAGGCUGGUCCUAAUCCAUGGGCAAUAGAGAAUUUUGCUUUAGCUGCUAAAUACCCAUCUGGCCAUGUCAUAGCUCAGGAUCUUUUUGCUUCUGGAGCUAUAAAAUCUGCUACUGAUUUCCAAGUGUACAAGGAGGUCGCUGGUCUUUCAGGGCUUGACUUUGCAUAUACCGACAACAGUGCAGUAUAUCAUACUAAGAAUGACAAACUAGAGCUCUUGAAAUCAGGAUCUCUCCAACAUCUUGGAGAAAACAUGCUUGCGUUUCUGCUCCAAAUUGCUUCGUCCCCAGAUCUGUCCGGAGUCCAGAGGACGAAAGAUGAAGGCAUUUCCGCGUCCAGUUCUGCUAUCUAUUUUGAUAUAUUGGGACUGUAUAUGGUAUUAUACCAUCAAGGAUUUGCAAAUAUUCUUCAUAAUUCGGUGGCACUGCAGUCACUGUUGAUAUGGUCUACAUCAUUACUUAUGGGUGGUUACCCUGCAGCAGUCUCACUCAUCCUGUCAUGUCUAAGUAUUAUAUUGAUGUGGAUAUUUUCUCUGAGUUUCUCGCUUCUCUCUGCUUUCAUUCUACCCUUGCUCUCUACGUCGCCAGUUCCCUAUGUUGCCAGUCCAUGGUUGGUGAUUGGGUUAUUCGCUGCACCUGCUCUUCUAGGGGCUCUCACUGGUCAACAUUUAGGUUUUCUAAUCCUUCAAAUGUACUUGUCAAAUGCGUAUUCAAAAAGGAAGCAAUUACCACCUCUUACUCAAUCUGCUUUGAUCAAGUUAGAAGCUGAAAGAUGGCUAUAUAAAGCGGGUUCUAUGCAGUGGCUCAUUCUUCUGGUGAUCGGGAAUUAUUACCGAAUUGGUUCAUCUUAUUUGGCUCUUGUUUGGCUAGUGCCACCAGCAUUUUCAUAUGGCUUCCUUGAAGCAACUUUGACCCCUGGUCGGUUUCCAAAGCCUCUCAAGCUUGCAACCCUUCUAUUUGGCUUGUCUGUGCCAAUUGUGGUUUCUGCUGGUGUAUUCAUCCGGUUGGUUGGUACAAUAAUCGGAAUGGUUGUUCGAUUAGACCGGAACCCUGGCAAUACUCCUGAGUGGAUGGCAAAUGUUAUCAUUGCUGUAUUUAUUGCUCUUGUUAUAUCCUUGACAAUGGUGUAUCUCCUCUCAUAUGUCCAUCUUUCAGGUGCAAAGAAAUCGAUUUUCUUGGCAGCGUCAGUUCUUUUUGGUCUCUGCCUCGCUGCUGUACUAUCUGGUGUAGCCCCACCAUUUACAGAAGACACAGCCAGAGCUGUAAAUGUUGUGCACAUAGUUGAUGCAACAAUAAACAAGCAAGAGCAGCCCGAUUCUUAUGUGUCUUUUUUCUCUACCACUCCUGGAAAAUUGACGAAAGAGGUUGAGCAGAUUGGAGGUGGUUUCACAUGUGGUAGAGAUAAGGUUGUAGAUCUUGUUACUUUUUCCGUCAAAUAUGGCUGUUGGUCCUAUGAUGAUACUGAAGGUGGCUGGAGUAAAACAGAUAUACCAACACUGUUGGUUAUAAAUGAUGGCAAGGGGGACAAAAGAAUCACGGAAGUCUCCUUGGACACAAAGAGCUCAACAAGGUGGGUUCUUGCAGUCAAUACUGAAUACAUAGAGGACUUCAAAUUGGAAGGAAAUUCUGAAGAGCUAAUCCCAUUGCACGACAAGAGCAGUGUGGAUGGAUGGCAUAUUAUCCAGUUUUCUGGAGGGAAAAAAUCACCAACGAGGUUCGAUCUGACUCUUGUAUGGGCCAAUUCUACGCAAAUUGCUCAUGACGCAGAUAGCCAGAAGAAUCAGCAGUCACUUCUUAAAUUAAGAACAGACAUGGAUAGAUUGACGCCGAAAGCUGAAAAGGUUCUGAUGAAGCUUCCUCCAUGGUGCUCACUGUUUGGGAAAUCCACAUCGCCCCACACUCUGGCCUUUCUAAGAGAUCUCCCUGUCGGAUUUUAGGCGUGAGAACAAUCUGAAGCAUGAAAUGUAUGUUAUACUAGAUUGCACAGGAAAUAUUCCUCUGCUCAUAGAAACUUAGGAACAUGAUCCUUAGGUUAUUUAUGUAUCGUAAUGCAAUCACGGAAAGUCAAAGUAGUUAGAGAAGUUAUUUUCUUGUUUCGCCCAAGGAUAAGGUUGCCAUUGUUGUGCCCCGAGCUGGAUACAUUAACCAAGUACUGCUUUGUUGUGGAA